UAUCGCCGCGCCAACCCCCGCACUUACGCCGCUACGUCGCCCGCGUCCGCCACCACCUCCUCUCUCCUCAUCGCAGCUCCACCCGAAGGGAUGCCACUGACUACUCGAACGCUCCCUAGUCUCCGGUCGUCUCCUUCGACCCCGAUCCCUCUUCGCAACCCGUUGUCUUCUUCCCACCCCGCGAGCCAUUGGAGGAUGGGGAGGAAGCACAGCAAGCCUCGCUCGAUCAGCUGUACCGUCCGGUUCCGCCCCUGCAUCGACAUCCACAAGGAUAAAGUGAAACAAAUCGUGGGAUCCACGCUUCGUGAUUCGACAGACGGCGGCGCGUCGGACAUGGUGACCAACUUCGAGUCGGAGAAGUUGCCGGCAGAGUUUGCGAAUCUGUACAAGAAGGACGGGCUCAAGGGUGGCCAUGUCAUAAUGCUUGGCGCCGACGCCGCAAGCCAAUCUGCGGCCUUCGAGGCCCUUCGUGCUUACCCUGGUGGUAUGCAAGUUGGAGGUGGGAUCAAUGCAGAUAAUGCCAUGAAUUAUCUUGAAGAAGGGGCAAGUCAUGUGAUUGUUACCUCGUAUGUUUUCAGCGAUGGGAAGAUGGAUCUUGAGCGACUUAAACAUCUUGUCAAUAUGAUUGGCAAGGAUAGACUUGUGUUGGAUCUUAGCUGCAGAAAGAAGGAGGAAUUAUUUCAUUUCUCAUCUCUUUUGUUCUUGACCUUUGCUCUCCCACAGGAUGGGAAGUAUUCCAUUGUUACUGACAGAUGGCAGAAGUUCAGUGAUGUUAUUCUUGACAAGGAAACUUUGGAGUUCCUUGCCAAAUAUUCAGAUGAAUUUUUGAUUCAUGGGGUUGAUGUUGAGGGGAAAAGGCUAGGAAUUGAUGAGGAGCUUGUGAUGUUACUCGGUUGUUAUUCACCUAUUCCAGUUACUUAUGCUGGUGGGGUCACAACAAUGGCAGACCUAGAGAAGAUAAAAACAGCAGGCAAGGAACAAGUUGAUGUCACAGUUGGCAGUGCUCUGGAUAUUUUUGGAGGAAAUAUGGCAUACAAGGAAGUUGUUGCUUGGCACAACAAACAAGUGAUGAUAAGCCAACAGCCUUCAUGAGUUUCUACACGAAAUUAACGUUUUAAAUCAGAUUCCACAUGAAUAUCUAUUCUGCUUAUCAUUUAUGCACUUUAUUCUGGUGAAGUCUUUAUUAAGACUCCAAAAUAUUUUUGUAUUUGUAAUGGAUAUGGUUUAACACAAUUUGUUACUCUGUUGUCUGCUUUCACCAUUGUGACAUCAUUCUGUGAUGUGGUAUGGAGAAGUUAAGCAUUGUGCUCGUC